GUUGUGAUAGCUAUUCAACAUUGCCGAAACCGGCCUGGGAAGCCAUGGAGUGCCAGUGCUGGCAUGGGCUGCAGUCUGAGCAGGCGAGUCCAGAGGAACUGGCCAAACGAGGUGCCGGAAGUGCCAAGUCGCUUCUCGAAGGAUGGGUGUCUGUGGUGUCUUCAAGGUCAGCGGCCAGCCGACGGGUCUAUGCGCGGCUCACGGCAGACGCCUUGAUCUUCCUGAAGGACAAGCCGGUGCAUGAGGCGACAGACGUCCGCAACGGCAGUCCAAGCGCACUGCCCCUGGAGAUGGUGAUGCUGACACACAUGGCCUCCGUGCUGGGUCGCGCGGAGGGCAGCGAGCACGUGCGAGUGGCCGACAGCCGCGGCACCUGGUGGCAGCUGAAGCCGGAGGCUCCUUUGCAGGUGGCGGACUGGGCCCAGGCGCUGGCCAAACGUUUCGACAAGUUCAAGACGGCGCGAAGGCGGAGCUCGCUGUACACGCCGGAACAGACCAAAGAGAUCAAGGUUCAGUUGGAGGCGGCCAGCAAGAGGCGCUCCUUUUUGAACCGUCUGGCGGGAUACGUGCCCUGCGGCGGGCUCCACGCGCGCGACUUCUCCAAGGCGGUGGGGGGCUCCAACUUGGCGUACAGGGGCAGCAGGGAAGGUGUGGGCGAUCUUGUGGACUUGGAUGCUUUGAACAAGGUCACCGAUGUGGAUCUUAUGGAGGCGCAAAGUAUACACUGGUCGGACUCCGCGGUUACCUUCCUCCAGCAGUGCAAAGGUGUCCCAGAGGAGCUGCUGUCGGACUUUCUGGCCUCUGUGCGGAAAGGAGUUCCUGAUGGCUUGAAGCGGCUGAUUUGGCCCUUGGCUGCGGGAGAAGCCCUGGCAUCAAAGGUCGCAGACGUGGAUGCGGGCGAGGUCUAUAACAAGCUUUUGUUCCGAAGCUUUGGUGCAGUUCAUCCGCUCGAGUUUCAGGACCCAGUGCCCACGUUCUGCCAGGGGCUAAACGGGCUGGAGGAUUCGCCGCCUCUGAAGGAGGUGGUGAAACACCUGUGGCUCAUGAAGCCUCGAGGUCAGCACAUUUUGCGGCGGCUGCUGUGGGUCUCGCAACUGACCAGCAACCAGAUUGAGUUCUGUCCGUUCCUGCCAAACUUGAUGCUCACGUUGCUCACCUUCUUUUCGGAGGCGGAGACAAUGUUCAUUGUCAGUGAACUGCUGUUGGAGGCAGAGAGUGCUUCAUCUGAUGAAGCUCCGAAGAUCAUCCUCAGUCUUGGGCAGAUGCAGAAGCAGGCCAAGCUCUUUGUUCGCGAAGGCAGGAAGCGCGGCGUCGUCCCUGAAGUCUUUGCGCACUUGGAGGGCUUGGGCAUCAACCUGGAAGAGGCCGCCCUGCGCUUCCUGCAGGAUGGCCUGGCCAACAAGCUUCCCUUCCGAGCGCUUUGCCGGCUGGUGGGCGCCUUCCUGGGGGAAGGCUGGGAGGUGAUCCUGCGCUUUGGGCUGGCUCUGAUGAAGCAGAAGGAGAACUCCUUCCUGGCUUGUCAGAGCGUGGAGGAGGCGUUCCAAGUCUUAGAGAGCCCCUGCCAAGAAAGUGAGGGCAACCACGAGGAAGUCAACCAGCUCACCAAGCUGGCUUUCUCCCUGCCCAUCAAGAACCUGUCCCUGGCCCGCGUAGGCAGCUCCUGGAUGAUCUCCCACCCCGCGCCCAAGCAGGGCUACCGAAAGCACCUCUUCUGCCGGCCCAGGCUUUUUGAGCCCAGAGGUCACGUCCCCCACGAGCUCUGGGAGGUCAUCUGGCCCUGGGUGCCGGCGAGCUGCCGAGUCUACGACCCCCAUUUAGUCUACGUGCCGGUCACGGAUGGCACCUCUCUGCGCACCUGCUUGGAGAAGUGCAAGCAGUCCAAGGACGCGGCCAUGGUGUUCUUCGUGUACAACAGCGAUAUGGACAUCGUCGGCGGCUUCUCGCCACUCAUUUGGGCCAGAAGCAGCGGCUACGUGGAUUUGCUCUCCUGCCCACGCGCUUCCGACGACGCCUUUGUGUUCAGAAGGUUGCAGAAAACGGGCAAGGUGGAGGUGUUUCCCUGGUCGGGCAAGAACCAGAUGCUGCUGCAAGCCUCAGAGGUCCACGGCCUCAUCUUCGGCGGCGACGGUGUGGCCAUCCACAUCGGCAAGGACCUGCACCGAUGCACCUCUAGUGCCUCGAGGUCCUUCGACUCACCGCCUUUGCUGGAGGCGGGCCAUGACCGGGAGUCACCGCGCGUGGGGGACUCCUUCGAGCUUCUUCGGUUUGAAGUCUUUGCCCUGCAGUGAGGGGCCCGAAAUAUGACAGAAUGAUUCAUUUAGAUUCGCAGCUUGGCGCACGGAAGAUGGGG